AUGAGCGGUGGUCAAGGACGUGGAAGUGGCCGUGGAAGUGGGCGCGGAAGCGGUAGCAGUUCGGGUAAUGCGGAUAGAAAGCGAGACAUGAUGGGAACAAUCCAACCAGAUCUGUUCACUCGACCAGCUGGAGCUCCCAAAACUGGAACAUCUGGAGCGCCUGUGGAUACAUUGGUCAAUUUCAUUCCUAUUGAUGUCACCGAAAACGACUAUUACAUCUAUCAAUAUCAUGUGGAGUUUGAACCACCAGUUGAUUCCAAGAAGACUCGAUCACAAAUUCUCAGAGAUGAGAAAAUUUUGAACGAAAUCGGACCAUUCAAUGUUUUUGAUGGAAUGAUUAUGUACAUCAAGGAGGAAUGGAAACAACAACAAGUAAUUGAGGUGGAACAUCCAAAUACUGGUGAACCAAUUGUGGUCAAAUUCAAACUGAGUCUUCGAUACAGUUUGAAUGAAGCUCAAACCAUCAAUGUCUUCAACACCAUUUUCCGUCGUUGUUUCGAUACAUUGGGAUUGCUUCAACUCGGUCGUAACUAUUUCGACCAAUCGAAAGAUCGACAAAAGAUUGUUCGAUCACAUAACAUGAAGGUUCUUCCUGGUUAUGAAACGGCUAUUCGUCGAUACGAAAACCAAUUGAUGCUGUGCAUCGAAAAUCGCUUCAAAAUGAUGAGAAACGAUACAAUGUAUCAUUUGGUGAGUAUUUAUGCUGUGUAACAAUUGGAAAAAAUAAAUUGAAUUCUUUAGAUCAUUCGCGAAUAUCAAAGCUGCGGCAACAACGUCGAAAGAACUCAAGAGAAGAUCAAUGAGUUGUAUGGAGGUUCAACGAUCACAUCAACGUAAGAUAAAAAGUUCAUGUUUUUUCAAAAAAAAAUUUUUUUUGAAGGUACAACAACAAGCUGCAUCGUUUCACUCGACUCAGCUUCGAAUUGUCACCGUUGACCCCAUUCAACCACAAUGGCAGAGAAAUCACCCUGAAAGAGUAUUUCCUCCAACAAUAUGGCAAAGAGGUUCAAUAUGAUGAUCAACCGAUUAUCGUAAGUUAUUAAGUAUCAUUUUUCAUCGAUUCGCCAUUUAAAAAAUUUAAUUUUAGAUUUCGGAAGGAAAGCCAAAACAACCAGGAGAGCCACCACAAGUCAACUAUCUCAUUCCGGAAUUGUGCAACCCAACUGGUUUGACUGAUGAAAUGAGAAAGGACACCCGGUUGAUGAAGGAAAUCGCCCAACAUACCCGUCUGUCUCCUGAACAACGUGUCACCGAAACGAGAAAUUUGAUUGGUCAUCUCCUCCAAAAUGAAGAUGUCAGACAAUGUUUGAAUUAUUGGGGAAUCACCGUCAGUUCGGAUUUGGCGAAUGUGGUCGCAAGACAAUUGCCGCAAGAAAAAAUCAUCGCAAAUGGUGAUUACACUGGAAGGAAUGCUGAAUGGGCGGCAGGAGUCAAACGAAACGGGAUCUAUCGGGGAACUGAUAUGACCAAUUGGAUCGUCAUUGCUCCAUUAGCUGCUGGAGAUGUGAUCAACAAAUUCACACGUAAGUAUUUAUUUGAAUAAAUACGUGUUUUUUUUUAUUACAAUUGUUAUUUUCAGAAGAAGUGAGACGACUUGGUAGUUCAGUAAACUCACCUUUCGGUCAACCAUUGGAAGUUCCACUCAGCGCCUACAGUCCAACUGAUUAUAUCAACGCCUUGAAAGAAUCGUUGGAAAAAGUCAAAGGCUACGAUGUUCAUAUGAUUGCUGUCAUUCUCCCAGAUGACAACAAAACAAGAUAUGACGUCGUCAAGAAAUUCCUCUGUGUUGAAUGCCCAAUCCCAAGCCAAUGCAUCAAUUUGCGGACAUUGCAAGGAAAGUCGACAGAUGGAUCAGAAAACAAGAACUUCGGAUCAAUCGUCCUCAAAAUUGUUCUCCAAAUGAUUUGCAAAGGCGGUGGUGCAUUGUGGAAAAUCGAUUUUCCGGUCAGUUUUUUUUAUUUUUAAAUUAGUAAAUAUAAAUUCAAUGUUUUUAAUUUCAGUUGAAAGAUGCAAUGAUCGUUGGUUACGAUCUAUACCACGAUUCAACUCUUCGCGGAAAAACAAUCGGUGCGUGUGUUUCGACAACCUCGUCUGAUUUCACCGAAUUCUAUUCGCAAACUCGCCCACAUGACAACCCAACCCAGCUUGGAACAAAUUUGACACAUUUCGUGCGAAGUGAGUCAUUUUUAUUAUAUUUUUCUGAAGCUAAAUUGCCUUUUUUCAGAAGCUCUCAACAAAUAUUACGUGGCCAACAACAAGACCUUGCCAAAACGCUUGAUUUUGUACAGAGACGGAGCUGGAGAUGGUCAAAUUCCAUAUAUCAAGGAGACCGAAGUCAAGCUGGUUCGCGAUGCUUGCGACGAAAUCCAGCGUAAAGCAUAUGGUGCAAAUGCGGCUGCGAUGUCACCAAUCCAGGUUGCAUUCAUUAUUGUAACCAAACGAGUCAAUAUGCGCAUCAUGAAGUGAGUUUAAUACUGAAUUGACAAUAUUCCAUUUUAUCAUUCAAAUUUUUCAGAAAAGCUGGCGCCAGAGUUUGCAACCCGGAUCCAGGAACUCUUGUCGAUUCGGUCGUCACCAGACCAGAGAGAAUGGAUUUCUACAUGGUUCCACAAUUCGUGAACCAAGGAACCGUCACUCCAGUCUCAUACAAUAUCAUUUAUGACGAUACUGGAUUGACACCGGAUCGCCAUCAUCGAGUAAGAAUUUUUCCUAAUGAUUAUCAUUAAUAACUCAAAUUAUUUUAGAUGGCUUUCAAACUGUGCCACCUCUACUACAAUUGGCAAGGAACUGUCCGUGUCCCAGCCCCAUGUCAAUACGCCCACAAGCUCGCAUUUUUGACGGCUCAAUCGCUCCACGAGGAUACAAAUGAAGUUUUGCGAAACAAAUUGUAUUUCCUCUAA